AUGAUAAAUAAAAGAAUAAGUAAUUUUGGCUCAGGUGAAUUUAAAAGAAUUUUAUAUAGAUAUAGGCACAUUGGAAUUAUAGAUUUAUGUACUCAACAUUGUAACUAUAGUGUACUUAUAGGAAAAUAUAACAAAAGCGAUAAAAGAAAAUUUAUCAUUUCAUCAUCAAAAAAGAAGGAAUUGAAAAAUGAAUUUUUUAAAAACAAAUUUAAAUAUAAUAAAAAAAAAAAAGAUAAUGAAGGUAUCUACUUAAAUAAAAUAUCGUAUAAAGAAGAAAAGACAUUCUCUUCUGAUAAAAAUGAAAUAAUAAAUAUAGACAAAAUAAAUAACAUUUUUAUAAAAGAUUUCUUAAAUAAAAAUAACAUAUAUUAUUUAUAUGCAUAUCAAUUUUUAUUAAUAGAAUUAUUAAGAUAUACUAAUGUUUUUAUGAAUUUAGCAUAUUCUGAUUGUUUGAUAUCAUAUAUUAUUUAUUCUUUUUAUAAAAUAAAUUCAUUAAAAACAAAUGCAUCUAAUAAAAAUAUAUUAAACCAUCAAAUCCAUAAUGGUAUUACAGAUAAUAUAAAUGUAUCUAUUGAUAAUAUAACUAAUGAAAAGAUAAAAAAAAAAAAAAAAAAAAAUAAUUUUUACCUAGAUAAUUGCGUUUUAUUUUUAGGAUGCUCAAAAGAACAAAUUUCAUUAAUUCAUGAAACAAUAAUAAAAUUAAAAAGUAUUGAUAUUUCAACACAUAUAAUAUCAAACGAAAAAAGUGCUGAUAAUAUAAAAAGUAAUUUUUUUUUAUAUAAUAUUAUUAUUUUAAACAUAGAAAAUUUUAGUGAUACUUAUGAUUUUAGUAUUUUAUUUGAGCAUAUAAAUUUUAUUGUUGUAGAUGAUAUAUAUGAAAUAUAUAUAAAUAAAAAAUCAAAUAUAUUAAAAAAUAUUUUAAAAAACUGCAAAGAAAAACAAAUAAAAGGGAAUAACAUACAAAUUCUUUUAAUAAACAAAAUUUAUGAUGAAUGGAUUAUAAAAGAAAUGUUACAUUUCCUUAAAAGUAUAAAAUAUAAUAUUAAAUUUGAGAAAAAUUUAAAUUUUUUUAAAAACGAAUUUUAUUCUAAUAUAAAUGACUUUAAUUGUUUUGAUUUAUAUGAAUAUAAAAAAAGCAACUGUAAACAUUUUAGUAUUAAUGUUCCAUUAAACGAAGAUAAAAAAUUUUUAAUAUUAUUUUAUCUUCUAAGUGAGAAUAAAAAUAAAAAAAUUAUAAUUUAUUAUAAUAAAAAUGAUAUAUAUUCUUUUUACAAUUUCAUCAAUUCUUAUAUACCAUGUAUAUUUCUACCUAACACAUAUAAAAUAAAAUGUAAAAGUAAUAUUAUAAAUACAUUUAAUAAAAAUAGCGAUUAUAUAUUAGUUACGAAUGAUAAAAAUAUUAAAAAAAUUUAUGAAAUUAAUGCAAAUUUAUACAUUCAUUAUACCUUUGUUGAAAAUGUAAAUACAUAUGUAGAUAUAAUGUCAAAUAAUUUUUUUAACAUAAAAAAUGACAAAAUUGAAGAAAUUAAAAAUGAAAAUUAUAAUAAUCCUUAUUCUGAAAAUAAUAAAACUUCAGUAUUUGAAGGACAUAUUGAAUCUAUUUUGUUUUAUAAUAAAAAACAAUAUAAACAGUAUGAAAUAUUAAAUAAUCUUAUUAAUUUUACAAAUUAUAUGUUACCUCCAUUAAAAGAAAUGAAGAAUAAUUUUCUUAACUUUUUAAUUGAAGAAAUUCAGGAUGUUAUUAUUGACGAUAAUAAGCAUUUAGAAGAAGCUGGAAAAAUUUAUGAAAAAUAUGGUUACUCUUUUAUAUCUGCAUCAUUAUAUUAUAUACAAAAAAAGAAAUUAUUCAAAAAAAAUUUUAAAAAUAAAAGUUAUUCUAAUAUAACCUUUAUUAUAGAAAAAAAUAUUAUAUUAAAUACAAAAAGUAAGUUAAUUGAUUUUUUAAAUGAUUUAUUAAAUUUCAAAAAAAACAUAGGUGAUAUAAAUUUUUUUAUUCAAAAUUAUUUAUACUGUAAAAGAGGAUAUAUUUUAUCGGUAGCUGAAGAUAUAUACAAUAUUAUACAUAAAAAUAAAAAUUUGAAAGAAAAUAUGGAAAAAUAUAAAAAAAUAAAUAUGUAUAUUUUAUAUAAUAAUUAUGAAAAAAAUUUUAGGAGCACAUAUGUUAAAAAAGGAACAUACAAAUCUAAAAAAUCUCUGAGGAGAUUAAAAAAAAAGUUAAAUAUAAAAAAAGAGCAUAUAGAAAUGAAUAAAUUAAAGAAAUGGAUGACUUCCAGCUUUAAAUUAAAUAGAAGAAAUGUUAAAGAUAAAUUAGAUUCUUUAAAAGCUAAAUAA